CACCCAAGUCGGUCGUUGAGACGUCCGCGGUGUUGUCGCAAGGGAUCCAGCGGCGCGCGUCGGCCUCGUGGGGGAAGGACGGUGAUUGGAGGGGAGGAGGUGACGUUGCUACGGUGAAGCCCGGCGCUGCUGCCAGAUUUGUUGGAGGGUUCCUUCCUCUGCCCAGCUAAUGGGCUUUGACAAUCUGCCGUCCACUCGGGAAGUUUCUUCUUUUCCUUUCCGUCUCCCUUUCUGAGGAUUAGGUCAGGGUAAGCCGUCAAGGCAGGCGACGCCCUGUGCAGCAAACAGGAUACACCGUCUUUUCAUAAAUGCAUUCUUAUGUAGUUAGAACUUUCUGCCACGUAACCCCAUUCAUGAUGUGUAGGUUUACGUUAGAGCAAACAGUUCCGAGGAAAAAAUAGCUGCUUCUAGGUAGAAUUACAGCCCAAAGCUCUGCAUCUACUCUCCCCACUGGAAUUCAGCUGGAAUUACUUCCAGAUUUUUGUGUUUCUCUUUCUGAAAAGCAAAUCAGCCUGCUGGAAACUUUAUAUGAAAUUCCACUAAAAUUAUAAAAUGGCAACAGAUAUCAAAAAUAAUGCCUUUGAAGACCCUGCUAUAAUGGAGCCCAUCCUGAUAGACCAAAGCUCAUUACCUCCUAUAGUUGCUGAAUAUGAUAGACAUCUUGGGGAAAUGAAUGAACAACUAAAAUACUGUCAGGUGCAGAUGAAGGAAAUGAGGCUAAAACUUGAACAAGUUGUUAAGGAAAAUGAAAGAUUGCAUGAAGAAUUAAAAGAGGCAAUUGAAAAGCAGUUGGAAGCUCUGCCAUCUGGCUCUGUUUCAAAGGAUGCUACAUUUAUGGAUGAAAACCUAAUAAGAAACCUUCAAGAGCAGUUACAACUAGCAAAUAAAGAAAAGGAACACGUCCUAGAACUUUGGCAGAUGGUAUCACAGGAAUUGGAGCGACUUCAGCAAAUAUACCAGGAACACAUGACAGAAGCACAAAUUCAUAUUGCGGAAAGGCAGAAGCAAAAAGAUCAAUUGACAAGCUUUCAACAGUUAACAAAACAACUGCAUUUAGCCAAUGAAAAAACUGAAUCAAUUAAUCAGGUAUUUCUGAAAACUGUAAUGGAACAAAAUGUAGAGCUGGAACAGCUGCGCAAGCAACAAAGACAAUCCAAAUUGGACUUGAGAACAACUGUUGCAAAAGCUGAUGAAAUGAUAAGACUCAUUGAGGAUCUUCGCAACCAAUUAAACAGAAAGGAAGAAGAGGUCCUAGCUGCUCAGGAAAAAGAGGAGGUAUCAGAUAAACGCUUGCAAGAAUUGCAAUCAAGCAUAAAACAGCUGGAGACAAGACUUUGUGUAGCUACACAAGAUUCUAAACAGCUAAGAUCAGAAAGAACAAACCUUGAAAAAAAAAUUCAGGAGCUGCAAGCAAAGUGUGUGAAUAUAGAAGAAGAGAAGUAUGAUGCUGUAGCAAAGGUCCGAGACAGCAUGCAACUCAUAGAAGAAGCUAAUCUUCAGAAGAGUCAGGCAAUGCUAUCAGAGAAACAAAAAGAAGAGGAAAUUGAAAAUAUGAAGCAAGCAGUUUCUCAGCUGCUUCAAGAUGCUGCUUCAAGAACAAGGAAGGAAGUAGAAAAUGAGAGGAAACGAUACAAUAUUCAAAUUUCUCGAUUAACAGAAGAACUUACUGCACUUCAGAUGGAAUGUGGAGAAAAGCAAAGCCAAAUAGAGCGGGCUGUUAGAGAAAAGCGAGCAGUUGAAGAAGAACUAGAGAAGAUAUACCGUGAAGGUAGAGGAAAUGAAGCUGAUUAUAGAAAACUAGAAGAGCUCUAUCAGAGGUGUCUGAAUGCCGAACGUACAAAAGAUGAUCUUCAGCUUAGUUUGCAAACAGCACAAAACAAAAUUAAGCAACUAGAACUGAAGUAUGAAGAAGAGAGAGGCCGUUGCCAAGAAAAUAUAUGCAAACUGCAAAGUAUUCUGGACUCUGAAAGGGAGAAAUGUGGAGCUAUCAGCGAAGAGCGCUUACAGCUCCAACAAGAGAAUGAACAGCUUCAAAAAGAAAUGGAAAACUUGAAAAAGCUCACAAUGGAGGCACAACAUACUGCAAAAUUAAAGAUAAGUACAAUGGAAAAUGAACAUUUAUUAAAAGAACACGGGUUUGAAGCUCGACUGAAAGAGAUGGAAGAUGUAAAUCAAAAUGCAGUCACUGAGCUUAGACGCCUGUUGAUGGCUCAACAAAAAGCAACUAAUCGCUGGAAGGAGGAAACAAAGAAAACAACAGAAAUAACUGAAGCCAGAAUAAAUAGUCUGAAAAGUGAGCUGAGUCGUCAAAAGAUGCACACCCAAGAGUUACUUUAUCAGCUGGAAAGAGCAAAUGAAAAGGUUAUUGAGAACGAAAAAUUAAUGAGGGAACAUCAAGAAAAAGUCAACAGACUUCAAAGUCGACUAAAUCAGGCAGAAGAGAGGGCAACUACAGCAUCUCAACAGCUCAAUGCAAUAACAGUUCAGAGGAAAAAAGCUGCCUACUUGAUAGAGUAAAAAGAAACGUAAAGUAAUAUGGUCCUUUCAUGGUGUAUAAGUACAGGUUGCCUAAGAAGAGUAACUUUGGAGUCUUAUAAUGUAUCAUGUAAAAUGAUGUAUCUUUUGCAGAUAAUACUACAUUGCUUUGUAAGACAGAAAUAUGUUUUGUCUUAUUCGCAAUAAACAUUAAGCAGACACAUGGGAAAAUGCGUCGUAUACCAUGUUUUCUGUU